UGCGAGCCGCUUGACCCAAACGACCGUUUUUUUAACCGUCCACACAGAUACCUGCGCCACAGAAACGCAGAUUUAACCCACAAGCUGGUUUUUAUUCGAUGUUUAUUAAGCUGCGCGGUUAAAGGAAGCAGAAAAGGUGGGUAAAACGGUGUCCGGGACUCCGAGUGGAGCUUAGCGGGGGAGAAUAACGCGUUCACCGCAUCACUAGGACCGGAGAGCCGCUGUACAAAUGAUGUCAUCAUAUUAUCAUCCGGGGAAGGAGGCGGACAUGGCGGAGCCGCUGUGUCUGGAGAGAGAUGUGUGCAGGGUGAUUGAGUUGCUGGACCGGCUGCAGAGGAGCGGUGAGCUGCCUCCUCCCAAACUGCAGGCACUUCAGAGGGUGCUUCAGAGCAAAUUCUGUGCUGCCAUUAGAGAGGUGUAUGAACAACUGUACGACACUCUGGACAUCGUCGGUGGACCUGAGGUUCGCGCUCAGGCUACUGCUAAGGCCACAGUAGCGGCUUUCGCGGCGAGCGAAGGCCACGCUCAUCCUCGGGUGGUGGAGCUGCCCAAGACGGAUGAGGGUCUGGGCUUUAACAUCAUGGGUGGAAAGGAGCAGAACUCGCCUAUCUACAUCUCCAGGGUGAUCCCAGGGGGCGUGGCCGAUCGGCAGGGCGGGCUUAAGAGAGGCGACCAGCUGCUGUCUGUCAACGGAGUGAGCGUGGAGGGUGAGCACCACGAGAAGGCUGUGGAGCUGCUUAAGGCAGCACAGGGUUCAGUAAAGCUGGUGGUGCGCUACACCCCGAAGGUCCUUGAAGAAAUGGAGGCUCGGUUCGAGAAGCUACGCAGCGCCCGGCGUCGCCAGCAGCACGCCAGCCACUCAUCUUUAGAGUCUCGGGGUUAAACAACACCAUCGUCUGGUUAGUCGUUUGCCCACCCUGCCCUUUGAUUUUCCAAAAGGAAGUCGGAAGACUGGACCCCAGAGGAGAUAAACAAAGACUUAAUGUGCACGUUAUUUAUAUGUUAGUGGUACGUCCCAAAUAACUGUAGACCUCAAAUAUCAUUUAUCCCGCACAUCUGUAGGGAGAAACUGUGUUCAGUAUCUAGUGAUUUGUCUGUGAAAAUGCUGUAAUACAGUGGGGGCUAGAAAGGUAUAAUCAACCACUGGUUUUUAUUAUCUCAUAUACUUUUAGUGCAAAUACAGCAAAUUCACAUUUACCCAGUCGCUUUUGUCUUUGUACUACUAGAUGUGACCAAAACAAUGUAUUUCUAAGCAUAAACGAUGACUGGAAGUAUAUAAAAUAAUAAACUAAAAGUGGUUGAAUGUUUAUUUCCUCUUACUGGAUGUAUAGUAAUGUGUUUCUUUUAAUAAACUAACUACAGCAAA